AACUGAGUAGCCCUUAUGACCAACAUGAGCUGGAGCUUUCUAACCCGCCUGCUAGAAGAGAUUCACAAUCACUCCACCUUCGUGGGGAAGGUCUGGCUCACCGUGCUCAUCGUCUUCCGCAUCGUCUUGACAGCGGUCGGAGGGGAGUCCAUCUACUCCGAUGAGCAGAGCAAGUUCACCUGUAACACCAAGCAGCCCGGCUGCGACAACGUCUGUUACGAUGCCUUCGCACCGCUGUCACACGUCAGGUUUUGGGUCUUCCAGAUCAUCAUGAUAUCCACCCCUUCGGUCAUGUACCUGGGCUAUGCCAUCCACAGGAUCGCCAGGUCCUCGGAGGAGGAGAAGAAGUUCAAGGGAUUCAAGAAGAAGAAGCAGUUUGCUCUGAACUGGCAGACUGUGCGCAACCUGGAAGACCCCACGGAGGCGGAUGAAGAGGAGCCCAUGAUCUCAGACGAUACCGCAGAAAACGAAAAAGCCAAAGCCAAGCCCAAGAGCAAAGAGCAGCAGAAGCAUGACGGGAGGAGGCGCAUCCAGCAAGAAGGACUGAUGAAAAUCUAUGUCUUCCAGCUCCUUGCCAGAGCUUCAUUUGAAGUUUGCUUCUUGGUGGGGCAGUAUCUUCUCUAUGGUUUUGAAGUUGAAGCUUAUUACGUCUGCAACAGAGUCCCUUGUCCUCACACUGUGGACUGCUUUGUGUCGAGGCCAACAGAGAAGACCAUCUUUCUCCUGGUGAUGUAUGUUGUGAGCUGUAUGUGCUUAUUGCUCAACAUGUGUGAGAUGUUUCACCUGGGCUUUGGGACUAUCCGAGAUGCCAUCCGUAACCGAAAAAUCAACAGCUUUAGGCAGCCUCCCUACAACUACGCCUACCCGAAGAACAUCUCCUGCCCUCCUGAGUACAACCUGGUAGUGAAAUCAGAGAAGUCCACCAAGAUCCCCAACAGCCUCAUGGCCCACGAGCAGAACUUGGCUAAUGUGGCUCAGGAACAGCAGUGCACGAGCCCGGAUGAGAAUAUCCCAGCAGACUUGUCCACCCUGCACAAACACUUGCGAGUGGCCCAAGAGCAACUAGAUAUAGCGUUUCAGAGCUACAGCAGCACCCAGCCCAACACACAGCCUUCUCGAACCAGCAGUCCCGCCUCGGGCGGCACGGUGGUAGAGCAGAACAGGGCCAACACCGCCCAGGAGAAACAAGGUGCUAAACCCAAAGCCUGCUCGGAGAAAGGAAGCUCAAGCAGCAAAGACGGAAAGACAUCUGUAUGGAUAUAGCUCGCUUAGAGAGAGGGCAGUGUAAGCGGGGGGUUCAUUUAGGGUUGUUUCUGUUCUUUCAGUGUUGUCUUGAGUUCAUUUCACAGGGCACGGGCAUGAUUUUUACAUGGAAGUCAGCAGGGAAAAUGGGUUUCAGACCAAUUUAGUGUUGUCUUCCAGUACAUUUACAAAAGACAUUUCCUUUCUAUUUCCAAGCCGCUCUCCAGCUGGGAAACUCCAGUGAGC